CACAAGAAACUUCAAUCAUCAGUACCUUUCUCCAAGAUCACCUUUUGCCUCGCUCUGCUCUCUCCGCUCAACAUCUAACACCACCCAAACCAUGGCUUUCGCUGGCAAGUGGGAAACUGAAUCUCAGCAGGGGUAUGAAGAAUUUUGCAAACUUAUUGGUAUCCCUGAUGAUGUCAUCGCAAAGGGGCAUGACUUUAAGCUUGUGACCGAGGUCACUCAGAAUGGAGAUGAUUUCACAUGGAUCCAAUAUUACCCAAACAACCACACUGUGACAAACAAAUUCAUUGUGGGCAAAGAGAGUGACAUGGAGACAGUCGGAGGGAAAAAAUUCAAGGGAAUCGUCAACAUGGAGGGAGGCAAGCUGUCCAUAGAUUUCCCCAAGUACAACCACACAUCUGAGAUCAGUGGCGGAAAGCUGGUUGAGAAAUCUACAGUUGCCAGUGCCAAGGGUCCGGUUGUUUAUGUACGUACAAGCAAGAAGAUCUAACUACAUUGACAUACAAGACACUGUUCUGCUAUGUACAAAUAAAGUGUAAGAGCUUAAUAAA